AUGAAUCCAGUCAAAGCCACAUAUCCACCAGCAGUCUUAAAUGGUUUAGAUUUAUCUAAAACGUCCACAUUAUGUCGUCGUCUAAGUGCAGAGAUGCCUAAAAUUGCACCUCCAAAUAAUGCAAAUACUACGCCUAU